AUUUUGCCCAAAAACCUAAUUAAAAGCCAAAAAUGUUGUAAAUUACGGAUAAAUUAAGAAAACAUCGCAAAUUGCCAUGGCGCGCAUCACGUGGAGAGGUAACUCCAGCCAGGAGCUGCUUUCGAUUUGUCGCCUGCGUUGGUCCUACAUGAAGCACUGUUGGCACUCGCUGACCUUUAACGCACACAUGAACUCCUCCUACGCCUCUGACGUCUGCCUGACUCCUAUUUUUUGGUUCGUGGACAACUACACUCACUGCCUGGGACCCUUCUUUGUGGUUGGAGUGGCUGCACUGACCACUUCCGUGGUCAGCAUUGCCUACUGGAUUGGCUUGCCCUUUUGGUGGGCCAAGAGCCAGUUGGUGACCUACUUCCUGCUCCUCGUGGGCAAUUGGCUGCUUCUAAAUGUGAUAUUCCAUUAUGUGAUGGCUGUAAUCACCCCGGCUGGUAAUCCGCCGGAGGGCGUGUCGCUCGUGGAGGCUGUCAGCAUGUGUGGCAAAUGCAUAGCUCCAAAGCCACCCAGGACGCACCACUGCUCCGUAUGCAAUCGCUGCAUUCUCAAGAUGGAUCACCACUGUCCUUGGCUAAACAACUGUGUGGGAUAUGCCAACCACAGGUACUUCUUCCUGUACAUGAUGUACACCACGCUGGGCUGCCUGUUCCUUAUAAUUGCCGGCCUGGAGAUUGGCCACAAAUAUCUAUGGCUGGAUCACGGCGAGAGCUGGACCGAGGUAGAGCCUCUAGAGGGGCAACCAGUGAAGUUCAACCUUAGCGGCCACAUUAUUCCCGUGACCCAUCCCAAUGAGUACGAUGAGUUCAUGCUGCCUCCUGCUGUGCACAACCUACCGACACCCUUGGUGGAUACAGAUGCCCCAUCGCCAGGUAGGCGUCGCGCCUUGUGGUUCAUGGCCUUCACUCUUGUGUCGGUUGUCUUAGCUCUGGGUAGCCUCUCCAUUUGGCAUGCUAAGCUCAUCACGCGUGGCGAGACGAGUGUGGAAUCACACAUUAACGAGGCAGAGCGCAAAAGGCUCCUUCAACAGCAACGCAUCUACAUCAAUCCCUAUAAUUUUGGCACCAAAAAGAACUGGAAACUGUUUUUGGGUUUGGUGAGAGGCAGAUCUUUCUGGCGAACAGUUCUGCUGCCCUCCUGGCACAAGCCGGAGGGAACUGGCCUCAGUUUCCACACAGUACACGAUGCCCCCUUUGAGGACGAGUGGCCAUAGUCGAAGCUCUUGUGAUGUCAGUUUAGAGGAAUUCCUUAGCAGAAAGAUUAAGCUUAAGCUCAAUUAGAUAAGUUUUAGGUAUUCUACGACUCCAAAGUUCCCUUAAUAUAGUCAUAGUUGAAGAGCAAAUGCCAGGACAUUUAUGUACUUUUAUUUCCAUAGCAACUAAACGGAACAGUGACGCUUUUUAUAUAUACCUAAGUUAAAUAAUAAAAUCGUGCAUUAAACAAA